UGCGGGUUAUUCAUGCUUAAUUAUAUGGAAUAUUGGACAGGUGAUGUGUUGUCUGAUCAGUUCACUCAGGUGUGUUAUUAUUUUUUAGGAUAACAUGAGUAGCCGCUUACAUUUUCAAUAGUUGUCUUAAGGAGAUGUUUUUAAAUAUCAUAUUUUGCAGAAGGAUAUGAAAGAAUUUCGCCGAAAAUUAAUCGUUGUACUGGUGGAGUUUGAAUUGAAUAAGAUAAAAGGAAAGCCAAUAUACUAUAAACCUACCAAUGAAAACAAUGUGUCUACUUCUGAUUGUGUGAUUGUGGAGGGUCCGAAGCAACUAUACUUGAGUGAUAAAGUCCACAUCAUACCCACAAACCCACGCAAGUUAGUUGACGAGCUUUUGCAACACAUCAUGGCGAUUCAAGACCCCAAAUUAUUGGAGCAGGAAUGGGUGCGGAGCUCCAAACCGUAUCCAAUAGGCUUGAGUCUUAAGAAAAUCCAGGACAUACUUAGGAUGGACCAACAUAUGGACAAUGACUGCUUCAACUUGGGAAUUCGUAUAGUGGCAUGCGAUGAGAUCCUACAGAUAGCAGAGACUGAUGUGCACUACAUGGAUCUACGCUUUUGUGCGGCAAUGGUGGAUUCCGCACGAGGUAAAAAAUACCGAGUAAAGCCAAAUGUACAGUCCCUAGCAACAUUGUUCAAUAGUUGGCCUGGGAUAGACUACAAAAUCGCAUCACGCAACUUGGUAAAUAUAUUCACUUAUCCAAUGGUGUCACAUUACAUGUGUUUCUAAUGGUUGUCCUUUUGAAGGUUUUUCUCCCUUAUG